GUGUUUAAGGAGUCUGAAUCAAAGCAAUUAUCAUUAAAAAAACAGGCUUUUCUGUAUUACUCACACCUUAUCAAGAAAUCUAAUUAUUUUCCUGAAGCACAAAUGCAGCAUGUCCAAACAAACCUGAGAAUUGUUUAGCAACAUUCCUUCCUCCCCUCAGUGGAAAUGAACUUAGAUUCAAAUUAUGAAAACCAGGGAAAAUAACUAAUGUCUGGAAUUCCACGGGCUGUGAGUGUUAAGCGAGUGUUCAGUUCACAUUGCUUGUUCAAUGUGCUUGCUUCACACUUAGUCCAAUAGUAGGCUACUUUAGCAGCAAUCUAGCUAAAAUUCUGCAAGUAAAAAUAAUAUAAGAUAGACCAUUUAAUCAGCUUUUAGGCCUAUCCAUUAAUUUAAUCCAAAUGUCAAGAAACGUUCAUAUAAAAAGCUACCUGACAUACUUUUAAAAGUGCCAAAUUCAAAUUAGAGUGCUGCUGAAACCUAUAAAUUCAAGAAUCACUAAAUUACACACAUUUGUAGGUUAAUGCACUUGAAAUAGAACUGGUAUAAAAGUAAUAAACAUGAGAGCAUUAAAGCACUGGGGUCCUGUGUGAACUUUAGGGGAGCAGCCCAGGUGGGUGUGGUUAUAACAUUUACUACCAGCAUACUGUAGUAUCUGAGACCCAUUCUGCACUCUCACGUUCGAGACGCGAGUGGUGCCUUCAAGCACAAGAGGGGCUUGGUCGCUACAAUAAUGAAUUCUCUGUUAAAAUACUUACUGAUACUUCUGGGACUUAUCUCAGUGAUAAUCAACAUUGUGUUGAUAUGCUUAAAUUCAAAUAGGCUUCCAAAAUGUAUGUCCCAGCAGCCGCAAGUGUCCCUACAACUGACACACUCAGAUAAAAGUCUGGUUUUUGCGGACCUAACAGCAGAGGAGUACAAGUCUGUUCGCGACUACAUGUGGGCCCAAAAAGACUUGAAGAUCUCCCAUUCGUUAACGGCAAAGCCCUCGGAGAAUUUCGUCUUCUUAAUUGACCUCUCGCUCCCGAGGAAGGCUGAUGUUCUGCGCUACUUGGAUUCCAGCGGACAGAAGCCCCCCCGCGAAGCGAGCGUCGUUGUCUUCUAUGGCGAGCGCGGUUACCUGAAGGAGUACGUGGUGGGACCGUUAUCUGGUCCACUGCAGCAUCGUGAUGUUACUCAGAAGAAGUACAAUACUCCGGAGUUACCCUUCACAGCCCGCACGGUGACAAUCGGAGAGUAUGCGCAGCUCUUCAAGCUCCUUUAUCACGUUUUCCAAAAACUUGAAAAGCCUCUGAGUGAAAGUUUUGGUUAUAUCCCAAGACAAAGGGAACUGCUGCUGUUUGAAGGCAUGCCGAGAGGCAUCAAAAGUGGUGACCGCAAGACCUGGAUCUCUUUUUUCCGCGAUUUCAGUGGCAUGUACAUCCAUCCUGUGGGCUUCGAGAUCCUGGUCAAUCACGAAAGCAGCAACACGUCUAACUGGACUGUUGACAGGUUGCUGUACAAUGGUCAAUACUUUGACAGCAUUGAAGAAUUUAUGGCAAUAUACAAAGCUGGUAGUUUAAAAAAGAUAGUCUACAAAGAAAUCCCAAAUCACGCUUCCCUGAAGCCAAGGAAAAAGCCUUCUGGUUUAGGACCACAGCAGUAUUAUCUUCAAGGGAAACGUUACAGCGUUAAAAACAACCAGGUGAUUUAUCUGGACUGGAGCUUUGCGUUUGGCUUGAGCUCUCUGACUGGGAUGCGGGUGUUUGAUGUUCGGUUUAAAGGAGAAAGGAUUGUGUACGAACUCAGCGUGCAGGAGGCGAUGUCUGUCUACGGCUCUGUUACGCCUGGGAUGAUCCUCACGAAGUUCCUGGACUCGAGUAUCGGGAUCGGUCGCUUCGCUCACGAGCUCGUGCGUGGGGUCGACUGUCCGUAUGCAGCCACCUAUGUAGACACCUACCGCUAUAUUGACACAAACGUUACGCAGCGGUUCAGAAACUCCAUCUGUGUUUUUGAACAUGACAUUGGGCGACCUUUGCGACGACACUUCUCAGAUUUCUUUCAUAACGGGUAUGGCGGGAUGGCAAACAGCGCUCUGGUGUUCCGCACUAUUACUGCUAUAGGAAACUAUGAUUACAUAUGGGACUUUAUUUUCUAUCAAAGCGGCUCCGUGGAAGCGAGAGUUCACGCCACUGGCUACAUAUCAUCCUCCUUUAAGGAUGAUGGAAAUUUGCAGUACGGCCACCAGGUUGCAGAGAAUGUCCUUGGAAAUAUCCACACCCAUUUUAUCAACUUUAAAGUCGACCUGGAUAUUUUAGGUGUGAAGAAUAUAUUUCAGACUAAAGACAUGGUGUAUAAGGAAGUGCCAUUACCAUGGAUGCCUUCAGAGAAAGCAAAGAUACCACAACUGGUGGAGCAGCAAAUCAAGACAGAAAAAGAAGCAGCGAUGCUUCAUGGUGCCAAAACACCCCGUUACCUUCAUAUAGCCAGUAAUCAGACUAAUCGCUGGGGCCACCAUCGCUCUUACAGGCUUCAGGUGGUGAGCUUUGCUGGAGAUCACCUCCCUGAAAGUGAGUCCACAGAGAGUUCCAUGUCUUGGGCUCGGUAUAAAGUUGCUAUAACCAAGCAUAAAGAUGAAGAGCAGACUAGUAGCAGUCUGUAUAGUCAGAAUUACAUGUGGUCCCCAUUUGUUGACUUCAGCAAAUAUAUUGAAGAUAAUGAGAUGAUCGUCAAUGAGGACUUGGUUGCCUGGGUGACCGCCGGUUUCCUACACAUUCCACAUGCAGAAGACAUCCCCAACACGGUUACUGUAGGCAAUGGUGGCGGUGUCAUCCUUAGGCCGCAUAACUAUUUUAAUGAAGAUCCGUCCAUCCACUCCCCUGAUGGAGUGUAUUUUGGUCCAGGCUCUGAGAGUGACUGUGAGUACAAUAAAAUGGCAUGUCUGGACAAGGAUCAAUGCAGUUCCACACUAGAGCCGUUCACUUACCACGGCUUUGAAGGUGUUAUGAAGUUUGAUUAAGGAUCUUAAUUCAGAUUGUAAUAUAUGUAUGCUGUUACAGUCUUGUUAAAACAUUUGCAGUAUAAUCCGUCCUCACUCAGUUUCCUGCUUUUGUAGCUUUUUAUGUAAAUAUUAUGAAGUUUGUAGCAAUGUGAUUGUGUAAUGUGAUUAAUUCAGACUAUUAAAUUUGCAUAUUAUUUAGGUUAAAUCCUUCCUUUCUUUAGGCAGUGUAUUUUUUGUGAAGGGUCAUUUUCAUUAUACUGUGUAAACUCUUUCUAAAGAGAGAUAUAGGAAAACUGAAAUAAUAUAUAUUAUAAAACACUUCACCGAAUGCAGUCUUGUUUUUAUGAAAAUGUUCAUGCAUACAAUAAAGUGUGAAGGGUGACCACUA